GUCGAGCGUCGAGCCGACAUGGCGGCCGCCCGCCCGGCGCGCGCUGCUCGGCCCCCAGGGCCGACGGUGCUCGAGACGGCGCCUCUCCAGCCGGCGACCAAGGCGCGCUGCCAGCAGGUCUACGAGGAAUUCGUGGAAUGGGCCGCGGGGCGGGCUCUGGACACCUUGGGCCAGGUGGGCGUGGCAUUGGCGCUCUGGCUGGGCGUUCUCUACCUGGGCGGGGGUGCCCUGAGCGCGGGCUCCUGGGGCUGCGCGGCGGCGACCUACUUCGCUGGCCUCGACAAGGGCGGCGCCUCCCCGGCCGCCGCCCAUGCGCAUGUGCCCUACGUGGUGGUGGCCACCAUUGUUGCGGCGAUGCUGGCCAUGCGCAAGCGGGAGAGCGCGCUGGCGGUCCUGCUGAUCUUGGAGCACUUGAGGCUGGGCGAGACGUCCCGGAUCCGGUCGGUCUACCUCGCGCCGCCAGUGGCGCGCGUCAGCGGGGCGGCCCAUGGGUGCAUCGCCCCGCGCGCGGCCGAGACGGAGCGCGAAUCCAAGACGGGCGAGUUCGCCGAGAGCCUCAGCCUCGACCUCUGGCGACAGACCGCGCUCGGGCUCGCGCUCAAACUGAUGGUGGCCCAUCGCCUUGGGGCCGAGUGGUGGGCUGCCCAGCGGCGGUUCGCCGGCGCGGGGAGCCCGCGGGCGGCGCCGCUCUUCGCGGCGGCGCUCCGUGCA